AUGGCUGCAAACGAAGGCACAAAUGGACACACGGAAGUUCCUUCCGACCUUGAGAAGAAAAUUAUCAAACAAAUCGAGGUAAGCUGUAGGUUAUUUUUGUUUUUAUUAAUUUGUUUUUCUGCCAAGAAUCCCAGCGAAUGGUUAUUCACCUGAGAAGCAUUUAAAGGCUAAAAGGAAUUCUACCAUAAGUGAAAAGGACGCUAUUUUUGUACUCGUAAGCACAACUACCCAUUCCUUGCCAAGAGCGUUAGUUUCAGCUUUGAAUGUCAGCAUUUUGCCUUUAUCUGUUAACCGCUUAUGCAGAAAAUAGAAUAAGCGUUAGAAUGACUCUGUAGAGUUGCUACGUUCAUGUAUGUAGGGACGUUUUGACUACCGGUAUUUGUGGAGCCUACUGUACGUGUACAUGUAUCACAUAUAAAUUUUAAGAACUUUGUCAAAAUCAAGGAACUACAGUCACCCACGGUCAAACUGACUCAUGACAGAAUAGGACUCUUGUGCAAGUCUGCCUUACAUCCAUCUUAAAUUGUAACAAUCAGUGCAAUGCAGCCAGUUAAAGGUUCCAUUAAUUAAGCAAGUUAGCUCAUGAUCAUCAGUAAGAACUACAGUAGAACUCUUCAGUCCCCCCUAGCUAGUUGAUCAAUAAAUAGGAUGGUUUCUUUGAACAUUCUGCCAUGUUGUUCACCACUGUCUGGUCAUGGGUUGGGAGGUUCCAUUUUUUAUCUGCACCCCUUAAAGUUGACAGGAAUCUGAACCUGGGUUCUUUUUUUGUCGGCACCUUUGAAAAAUUUGUAUGAAAGGUCAAAAUUUUGUGGGCUUCUUUGAAGGAAAAAUCCGAACCCCCCUGUUCAAAAACCAUCAUCCUUAGGGGGAUGCAGAUAAAAAAUGGAACAUCUCAUUGACCCUGUGAUUUAACACUGUGCCAUUGUUAAUAGCCUAGGGAACUGAAAGUGGUUCACUGAAAUUGUUUAAAUACCUACCUGUAUUUAACAAAUCUGAAGAUACUUGAAUAAACUUGAAUGUUCCGCCCAGUGUAGAGAAAAGGCAAAGCUUUCUGCUACUGCUAGAACCCUACAUGAUCACUAUGUAACCCUGAUGUGAUAUUUUCCCUGAUGAAGGCAGCAUUGCUGAAACGUUGCAGUUUUAUUUGUGUUUAACCUACCACCUUCCCACUUUUAACACACACAAACGCUACACAGGAACCCCCUUUAUUUGUAUCACUAUGUAACCCUGACAACCGUGUGAAAGUAAUACCAAACUAUAGCUUUGGUUUGGAGUGUUGGACCCCAGCCUAACAUCUUAUCAGAUAGUUAAAUUUCCUUAAAUAAGUGAUAACUGGAAACUACCACCAUCCCUGUUCAGGGUAGGGCUGUAACUGAAAUCUUCAUCUUUGUUCUAUAUUGGUGUAGAGACUCAAGCUUAAUUUGUUCAAAUUUAUCACAUCCUGGAUAAAUGAGUUUUAUAUGUAAUCUUGUGUUAUCAUGCUGAUGUGAAAUUAUUGUUGCAGUUUUAUUUUGGUGAUAAGAAUCUACCCAGGGACAAAUUUCUCCGACAGAAGGUUGAUGAAGAUGAAGGAUGUAUCCUUUCAUACCCACGUCCUUAAAAUCACUUUUCAACUAACUAGAGAAUACAAAUACAGGUUUUAAGCUCUGCAGCACCACUCUCCCUCAACUGAUAGACUUAAUUAACAUUCUACUUUCAUUUUUCUCAUGAUUGCUUGUGACACAAAGAGAAUUUAUCCCUCAAUCAACUGUUAGUUUCUCCACAUCUCCUCUUUUAUAUCCCGUCCCCUUUCAUAAUACCGUUUUGCUAUUGCAGGCAACCGGUAACCAGUAAAAUUUACCACCUGAAGCAACACUUCUUACUGCCUGAAACUGCCUGAAGGUUUACUAAAAUUAAAUUGUGAUCUGAUCCUAUUUUCACAAGGAAAUGAAUGAAUAUAAUAUGGAAAAGUACUAAAGUAUACACAGCUUUUGUUUUUAUGGGCCACUCAUUUGGAAAGACAACAUUGAAGAGAGAGUAAAAUUAUUGGAAUCAAAGGUUUUUAAUUGUUGUGUAAAGAUAACAACGGCCGAUUUGUGUAAAAUAGGUGUUAAAAUGAGGGAAUGACAUUUCAGAGAACUUAGCUCCUGAAUUUCCAAGCGAGGGCGGGCCAUGUCCCGCCUCCCCCCCAACCAGGAAAGUGCACCUUUGGUGUAUAUUUUUGCCUUACCGGCCAUGAAUGGUCCCUUUCCUGCUGAUCUAAACUUUAGGGAGAACACAGUCUAUACAGGUAUCUUAGUGAGUUAGCAAAAUAAAAAAUGACAUAAAAUGUACUCACUCUCUCUCAAAUAUCUCAAGAAGAAUAGUAUACAAAAUACAAUUACAGUAUUAUUUAUUCUCACUGUAAUCUUUAGUUUUCUUGACAAGACUUGCUAUAAAAUAAUCACAGGGGUAACACUGGAGUGCCUAACAACUUUCAACAGACUUAAGGUAAGAAGCUCACAUUUGCUUUAUCUUGCCCCAUUCUUUCUCUAACGAGAAGAUACCAGAAGGCGUUUACAGUGUAUGCGGGAUGUGUUGGUGUAUGUAAGAGGUAUUUUGACUGGAGUUGGACAAUUAAGUACAUGGGUUGGUAGUGACAAUGGUGAUAGGUGUGGAGUUCUUCAGAGUGAAAGCAGAUAUAAACAACUAGCCCAGUUGUUAAAAAGGUGGAUAAAUCUCUUUAUUAUAUAAAUGCCAAUGAAAUACCAAGUGACCUUUCGCGUAAAAACUUGAUAUCUCCACAUGUGAAAAUAACAUGUUAUCUUCACAUGUGAAAAUGUCACUGUUGCUAUGGCUGCAUAAUAAAAAGCACCUUUGACACCAAAAAACUAUUUAUUUUUUUUAAGUAAAAUGGUUUGGUAUUUCAUUGGUGUUUAUAUAAUAAAGAGAACAUUACAUGGUCACUUGGAGAUACGAAAUUUCUCUUCUCGUGUUGAAAAAAAUAUUUCACUCUUUCGCUGCCCUCACUCAUGAAAUAUUUUUCAACAUUCAAAGAGAAAUUUGUAUCUCUGCGCGGCCAUGUAAUAUCCUCUAUAUCUAGUGGAUGGUGCAAUGGUUUUCCUAAUACGUUUAUGCUGGAUAGUGAUUUAUCCGGUGGAUGGUGCUUGCCCACGUUUGGCCCAGAGACUGACAGAACCAUUAUUUUUAGGCUCUAUCAACAGAUAUAGAUGCUAUAGCCAAAGCUCUCAGAAAAUCAGAAGCUGGCCUGGUUGAGGUACGUUACAAAUGUAUGGUUGAAUACUGGUACAUUGUUCAACUGUGCUCUUGAAUAUAGUUUCAGUAAGAUGUACCAGUGUUAUUUGUACAUGCCAAUUAAGACUUGUUGUUUAUUUCAGAAGGCUGUGUUCGCUUCCAGAAAUACUAUUGUAAGAAGCAGAAAAUCUUUGAUCCUAUAAUGCUUAGGCAUGUACAUAGUAAUAAUGUUCAACUCUGGCCACCCCUGGUGCAUGACAAAGUGGUUGCUUAUGGGAGGUGGUUGUCGAAAGAAAAAAUCAGCAAAGUGUACUGUUUUUUUUUUAGCUCAAACUAAAAUGAUAUAAGGGAGAGUUUUUGAAUGACAGUAUUUAACUGAGAAAAAAAAGAAGUUAUUUACAACAUGGUCGCUUAUUGGAGUUGGUCACUUAUGAGAAGUGGUUGCUGUGAGAGAGUUGAGGUUGAAGAAGUAGUUUGUUUCAAAAAGUAAGGUUUAGCAGAAGUAUUAGUUGCGUAGAAAUAAACUGACCAGGUACUGCUAGACCUCAAUUCUGUCAAUUUAUUAACAGUACAGAAAGUAGCAGCACUGUAAAAUGCUAUUUUUAUUUUUUUAGGUCAGUGAAGAUAAUAAGAAAGUAAGAAGAGUUACAACAAAACCUCUUCCUGAGGAAACUGCAGAAGCAAGACAUGAUGCCAAAGCCAAAACAGUUUACUGUGUAAGUUGUGUAAAGCGUGCUGUUCAAUUAUACGGUGUAAUUGGGGUAACAUUAAAACCAUAUUAUAACAGCAAAACUGUUUCUCAGUUUCAAAAAGCUAGCCAAAUAUGCCAAGGGGGUGUUUUAUCUUUUAUUAGGAGAUCAUCCAUGCACCCCUUCAUAUACUUCCAUACAGCAGACUGCACUUCUUCCUACAUUUUUUUAUAUGCAUGCAACACUAAAAUUAAUGUUGUCCCAAAGAUGGCUCUUGAACUGCUUAUAAUUUACACAUAUCAAAGAGUAGGGGUAAUUUUCCCAAUCCCAGCUUCAUUUUGACAUAUAGGUUAAGGGUUGUCUAAAUUUUAAAUGCUGUACAACCAUCAUCAAUGCAAAGUUUACACAAAAUGUACAUUAAAUUAACGUUCAUUAGGAUUUAAGUAGUUAAUGAAUAACCAUUUGAGUCUUUUUAAAUCUUCAUUGUUAGUUUUUUUUUAAUUUCCUUGCAGAAAGGUUUCCCUGCAGAAACAACUAUUGAUCAACUGGAAGAAUUCUUUUCAGAUAAAGGAAAGGUAAAGUACAUAUUUAAUUCUUAAAUAAGACUGACUUUUCCUCAGUCAGUUUAGUCCUAGCAUCAAUUUUGGUACAUGAAAUUGUACAUAGUUGUUAGUAUGCUUAACCAGUCAGUUGAUCCUGUGUCCUCCUUUUUGCCAUUAUUUACCUGUGAUCCUUUUUUUAAAACUGUUGAAAGGCGGUGCUGAUCAAAAUGAGGAGAGGCGAAAACCAUUUAUUUAAAGGAUCUGUGUUUGUUGAAUUCUCCACUGUCGAUGAAGCGAAGGCAUUUGUGGCAACAGAGGCACUUAAAUAUAAUGAACAGGAACUCAUUAAAAUGAUGAAGUAAGUAUUCUUCAUUAAUCAAGAAGAGUUGUCCCUAAAAUGGCUUCUCUCUUGACAGUACCCUGUAUGUUUAUGUUAAGUUCCAAUUGUUGGCAGAUACUAUUGAUUGGGGGAGUGGGGUGUUUGAGGGGUUGGGAUUUAUACCCCUACGCUAUUAAUACAUGUAAAACCAUCACACUGACAAGGAGUAUUAUCUGAAGUACACUGUACUUGACUUUGAAACUGACAAGAAAAGAAUACUACCUGAGAGUUGCAUUCAGUUUUCACCUUGCAGCUUAGUAACAAAACUUGCGAUGGUUCCUCAUUGCCUUUAAGCUGCAAACACAGCUCUCUAAUUUUUGCGAGAGAAUACACUUGCAUCUCCUUUCGCGUUUGGUUCUCACAUGAAUUCUCGCGACUCCCCUAAAUGGAGAGCUUGCUUGCAAGCUGCAUUGCCUUUCAACCGCAGUUCUUGUCGAAACUGAUAGAACCUGGGGUUCAUUCAUUUUAUCACACAACAUAGAAAAGCUACAACUUUUUUGAGUGUGAAAACAAGGGUCUGUGUAAAAAAAAAUGUACGUAAUGUUUGAAAACUUGUAUGACUUUUGACAGUGUGCACAAGUUAUCCUCCUGUAAUACAUGUAAUAAUGUCAUUAACUGUCACAGCAGUCUGUUACUGGACAGGAGGUUCAAACCUCCUGCCUCUUGUGCCCUGCAUUCCCAGCUCCCAUCCUUUUUAUUGGAUUCCUCCAUUGAGCUAUCUUUCGAUUGCAAAAUAUUAAGCAUUACUUGGUAAUUUCCUUUAUUCAUUUCCUGCCCUCUUAGGGACCGAUCGUUCAUUAUGUCCCGGGCGAGGGGGGAGGGGUCAGAAAAGAGUGGUGUAAGAGUGGUGUAUGAAAACUGUACCCCCUUAAAAUAAUUUCAUAUGAAAAUUGUACCUCCCCCUUGGUGAUAAGAGUUUUUAAAAUGCACCCCCCCAACCUUUCCUAGACCAAGUUUCAAGAUGACUCGAUUUUCUCUCUUUCUUUGGGUCCAUCAACUUCAUAUUAAAGCUAGAUGGGGUUCUGGUGGUCUGGUUAGGUAAAAAUAGUUGAUAGGGUCCUGGGACAAGCUUGGUUACAUAGCAUUCAAUAUGGCGGCUACCAAAUCAAGUAAAGGUGCACGUCAGGUGGGGCUCAGCUGGCAUGAGAAAGGGUGUGAAGUCCGUUGGUCCAGGUCAUCGUACCCAUUUGCUAAAAAUUUCCCUGAAUACUCCAGUAAGGCACGCAAACCACUAUGCAAAAUAUUGUCUUCAUUUCCUUUUUCGAUUUCUUCAUCCAUAUUUACGACCUCUUCACUUUCAAAAGUUGCCAUUUUGACCCGCUGAGCAACCAGGCUGCCACGAAGGCGAGGGCGUGAUCUCUGAUCAUAAAUACAGUGGGCACAAUAAUUCUGUGCGGGUAAAAUUUUGUAGCCGACAAAGAGUUGUCAGCGCGACUUUUUGGUUUACUAAUGAAGGAAAAGUGUUUUUUUGUUUUUGCUUCAAUUAUGAUAUGUUUUAACAACUACAACAUAUAAUGUCAAUCCUGUGUCUUAAAAUUUCGACCCCCCUCACACUUUGUACAUUUUCAAAACUGACCCCCCCAAAUUAACCCUUUUGAAAAAUUGUAACCCCCAAAACCGCCCCCGGGGAAGUAAUAAACGAUCGGUCCCUUAAUAGAACUCCCACCUCUCACUCUUUGCUCUCCCACCCCUCCCACUCCUCCCACCCCCUAUUAUCCCGAGCUCCUAUGCCCCUGUCUUCCCCCACUGUUCAGUUACUAGUGAGCUUAAGCAAGGACGUUUUUGAGCGAUGCACGUCAACCGGAAGUGGACUACUUACAUUCUAAGGCAAUGCGUUUGCCCAAAUUUUCGGGCCAAUUGUCUCUAUAAGAGUAAAUACACUUAGCAAUACAAAUCUGUUAGAGACCUUUAGAUUCUAAGACGAGUAGGACUUUGAGUACGAGAUUUUCUCAGUUCUAAUUAGGGCUUGCGCGUGAACCAGCGUCAUUUUGGUGGGAAAACGUGGUAGCCGUCCUCACUCUACUAGUCACUCUACUACGAGUUUUUAGCGAGAAUGUCGAAGUGGGGAAAACAAGUUAUCAAAUGUUAGAAGUUCAGUUUAUCAUUUUGCGAUCGGGAAAGCGCGUAACCUCCUUCACUAAAGAUAACAGUGCUAACUUUUCUGGUGAAAAAUGGUAAAAUGAAGCUUUCCGAGGAGUCUAUAUUUUGAGAAUACGCGUGAAAACUCGUACUCGUACUCGUACUCGUACUGUUGUCCUCGUCCUUGAGUCUAAAGGUCUCUAUUAAAUGGGACAAGAGCUCACUUCCGUUUGAGGUGUGUCUGUGGCUCAAAAACUCUUUUGCUUCCCCUUCCUACUGACAGAGGAAGGCCUUUGACAAUUCUUUUGCAUGGUAUAAUUUAAGUUAGGGUUUGAAAGUGAUUUCAAUUAUUAAUGUAUUUUAAAGGGAUUAUUAUUACCUUAUCGCAGGGCUGACUACUUUAAAAAGAAGGAGGAAGAAUUCAAACUGAAAAAGGAGAAACAGAAGUAAGCCAUUUUUUGCUCACCAUCCAGCUGACCAUCUACAAUCCCGAUCAUAAUUGUUGAAACGCUAGCCGAUUUUUGACCUCUUUCCCUUUCAAUGUUGAUUUUCAGGAGGUAUAUUCUCAAGUAAACCCGUCAAACCAACACUGGGGGGAAGAAUGGGGAGCCACAUGUGUGCUGUCCAUAUAACACAGUCAAGUCUCCUGUGUUUUUUAGAAGUGUUUCAAGGAAUUAUGACCGUGUCUGUAGGCUAACAAAGGGGGGAAAUAGGACUUUAAAGAAAUGAGCCCCAGGUUACGUUUUUUAAAAGUAAUUUUCAGAAGUACUUACACAACUUCUUUACUUUACGUUUUAAUAAAUCAGAGAAGAAGAAGGCGAGAAACAAAAAGAAACAAAAGAGGAAAGGAAAGAUGAAGACGAAAAGGAAGAGGUAUACUGGCUUGAAAUUGCAAAGUUUUGUUUAAGAUUAUUCUCCCCAUUAGUGUCAUGUGUGGAGCAGAACGAAGAUAAUUUUUCAUGCUUUUAUUGAUGCUAAAAUGGCCUUUUUCCUUACUCACGCUUUGUUAUUUUGUAGGAGUCUCUAAAGUAUGAUAGCGGAUGCGUGCUGCAUUUUAAAAACGUGGGAGAACAAACGUCGCGUGAAGACCUCAAAGUAUGCAACAGUUUCUAACAGUUUGAUUUUCUUGAUUUCUUGUGAACUCAGAUCUUUUUGCGUUAAUCUCACGAUGCGCGCUUUGCAUUGCUUACAUAGAGCCUGUUUGGGGAGCACGAGGAUAUCGCGUGGGUGGACUUUACCAGAGGAGAGAGCGAGGUUUGUGUACGGUUCAUUCAACACCGCGUUUUUACUUUUCAAGUGGGGCAAAAUUAAUCGAUUUACAUUUGUAUCACAUUAUGUUCAGUACAUGUUUCAUAAACACCGGAGAGGCUCCUAGAGUGGACGGGAAAACAGUAGAAUUUCAAAAAGUCCUUCGUCGGAUUUCUUAUGGCGCGGGUCGGGACUUCGUCGCUCGUGGUCGGCCGUUUCGCGGCCAAAAGAGGCUCGCUCCGCUCGCCAAGAGGUCGACUUGUAGCAAGUCUAGGAAAACAGGAGUGGAUUGUGUUUAAACUGACUUUAAAUUGUUAAGAGAUCAGAUGAAACACGCCAGCGAAAGUCACAAUAGACUCUCUAAAAGUCUUUUAAAUUUGUUUUCCCGGUUGGUGAAGUGUGUCAAAUAAUCAGUUAUUCUGAACGAGACUUGAUAGGAGGCAAUGUUGCCGGGUGAUCAACUCGUCGGAAUCGAAAUCGGUAGCGGGUCCCGAUGUGAAUCCCAAUCAGGCCACUCCCUGGAUUAGUUAAAUUCAACGUUUCGGUCAUGCUUGUUAAAAACCACGUUCAGUGAUUUCUUGCCGGUAAUUCUCCAUAGUGGCACAUAUCUCUCACCAGUUAAAUAAUUUUUGGAUAUUUGCUGAAUAUAGGGGGUCGUAAUUUCAAAACGUAAGAAAGUUGUCAGUUGUCACGUGACGGCAUAUGCGAGUAACUCUCAGUCUCCCUCAAGAACUGCCAAAAAGACAUGGUAUCCACCAUUGCUGCGAAUCACAAAUAAUUUAACCCUUUAAACCUUAAUAUCAAAAUUGGGAUUCUCAUUUACUGUCCCUAUACUUUUUCAACAGAAGUAGUGGAGAGGAUUUUUUGAAAUAUCAGUUACACUCUUCUUUCCUGAUCGUGUACCCAAUUCUCAUGACCACUCUGUUUUCUGAGGCAUUGAUAUAAUAAGGAGAAAUUUCAUGCUGAUCGCUCUUAGAGCUUUAAGGGUUAAACUUUGUCAAAGUCUCCUUUGAAAUGAUGUAUUGGCAUGUCUUUUUCUUUUUGCGUUAGCAGACAAGAAUAGUCACAGCCCGACUUUCUCAAAAAAUGAAUGCCGAAAUUUGGUGUUUCUUCCGCUCGUUGGGUUACUGAUAUUGUUAUGUUUGUAUGUGUUUAAUUGUAAGAUAUUAUUUUUUACAUUCUCUCAAAGAAGUCAUUCCCUUUGCUUUGUGCUCAUGAAGUCCAACUCUUUCUUUUUUUCUUUUAAAGUAAAAGCUUAUCUCCUUCUCGGUAGGAACUUCCUUUGCUUCGUCUUUAUGAAGUCCUUCCCAUCAUUCCGGCCUCCUUUUCAGACGUGCACCUAAUUUGUCAUUACUACUAGUAUUGUAAAUGACGUGUGUACUCUUUAUUUUUAUAUUGUAGGGUCAUGUUCGUUUUUCCAAAGAAGGUGGAGCUCAGCGAGUAAUUGAUGCUCUGAAGGCAAAAGGUGACGGGAAAAUUGUCAUCAGAGAGGCGGAGGCAACUCUCCGGGUACUAGAGGGUACGUUAGUAAAAUUCUCGUUUUUAGGAACGAAGAGUAAACUGAGCCGAGUUGACUCGCGCAGAGACUUCUGGGACUGUUACCUGGGAUAGCGGAAAAUUGGCCAAUAGCAGAACGGCACGAUCCCAGAAGUCUUUGCAAAAGCUAGCUCGUCCCAGUUUCCUUGUCGAAUGUCAUCAAGUCCUGAAACUUCUUAGUCAGCGGCGCAACAAGUCGCCGUACGUAGUGACCAACUGUUGACGCUUGAGGUUGCUACGCACGUGAUGAUCACGUUAUAAGCAGGCAGCCAAAGACUGAUUACCAAAAUGGUGCUCUUUCUUCUUGGGACCAGAGCGCGUGUCGCGUUCCUCGCGGAUGGCGAUUUUCGCGCUUGCUUGCGUAUUUUGACCGCUCUACUUUCCCUGAGAAAAAUGUAGGCCAACUGAAAGUCUCAACUGCGUAUUUUUCCUUUUUUGGGAGAAUUGCCUUGUAAUCUAUUUACGUCUCAUGCUAAUAUGGUUUUUCUAAUUUUUGUCUGACGCGACGCCUGGUUUCGUAGGUGAUGAAGAGAAAAGUUACUGGAAAAAGGCUCAAGAAGAUAGAGAAAAAGCCAAGCAAAAGAAAGGUAAUGAAAUACAUCCUUUGAACCUUCUAGUUAAAGAAUGGUAAUGAAUAAGGAAUAGAGUUUUAAAACAUGGCGCCAAUCAUCCCCCCCCCCCCUCUUGCAGCCCAGAUGUUUCACUUAGGAAUCAGUUUUUGCUUAAAAGCGAAACUCUGCUGUCGUUGUUGUUUACAUUUUUGCUCAGCCCAUAGAUGGCUUCACCGCAUAAACAAAUAAAUUCAGCUGUUAAACAUUCGUCAUGGAGUCACAGAGUGAUGGGCUCUUGAUAUAUUUCUUUUCAAAAAUAAGCGUGAAAAGGCGAUGAAAUUUUAAGAUGAGUUAUUUUAAUAUAUUUUGCUCUUACAGGGAAGAAAUUUCGAGGAAAUCAAGGUGGACGCUCUGGAGGCGGUCGAGGACGCGGAAAACGCAGAAGCUUCGACAGACAACAAAACAAACCAGGCCAAGAAAAAGAUGAUGAAACGCAAAAAGCAACGCACACGCGGUUCGAUGACGGAGAACCAGCGGAAAAGAAAGUAAAGACGGAGGAAGACUGAUGCGUCGGUGAAGAUCUUUUUACAGGGACUGAAAUUUAUUUAUGUUUUUAUUGAUAGAUCCAUUUUGUUCUACAGUGCGUCCUUUACAACUUUUUUUUCUCAAUACUCUUUGGAAUUUUCAAGUUUCUUAACUAAAAUAGAAUCUCUUGUGUGGUAUGACUGACGGAGAUUGUCACUGUAGAGUAAUAACACUUCAACGGUAUCAGCACCCAAAUUCUGCGCCUCAAAUGUGCGAACCAUCCUGUACAGUUUACUUAACACCAACGCACUGAGGCACAAUGUUUUAUUUUGAGUAGUUACUAUCUUGGUUUUUAUUGUCGGACAAAGAAAUGUUUAAAGGCAAGAGAGUCCAAACGUUGUACCUUAUAACGAGCCGUAACAGAAGUGCGUAAGCCUUAGCCCGCGAACGACAGACGUUUCUCCUUGCUCAUCUCGAGGAGAAACGUCUGCCGUUCGCAGGCUACGUAAACCUACGUACAUUUACUAGUUGUAAACGAACGAUGACGCCUGUAUUUUAUCGGUCACUGGCCAAGAUUAUCCAGCGGAUAAUGUCCUUGAAGAGUAAAGUUUGCAAAUCAGAGCACAUUGCUUGAGAAAUCUUUUCGCUUUGUAGUGUAGCAAGAAGCUCUGUUGUUUAAACAUAUAGCAGCUGUAAUUCAUUGUCUUGGAAGCAAGCAUCAUCGUUUCUGUUGUUGUAUUGCUCUUUUCAUUGUAUCGAAUUAAUCUCGUGAGACCUUAAGCGGGGAAUAAGCGUCCUUUUAUAGCGCAGGGCCGGGUAUUUAUCUUUGACGAUAGUACCUCCCCCGAAUUUGUUAGGGCACAGAAACGAGUCAAAUGGAUGGGGUGUGUGUGGAUUUGACCUGUGCGCGAGGGUUAAGCUAAUUUAUAACAGAGUCGUGGAGAACGUCGGUGAUUUCCG